CCAGAAGAUUGGAUCUUCAGAUAUGAACUACAAGAACCACAAUUCAACUGUCGUAAACAGCGAUGGUUUACGACAGUUGACUAAACCCGUGAACGACUUUGUUAUGGCGGCGUACGGAGUCAGUUUUGAGAGUUCCAGCAACAUUGAAGAAGCAAAGGAAAGGAAACGACAAGCGCGACAAGAAGUGCUACAAAAAGCAAAGCAACAGUAUGAGAAGGAGGAAAGGAGAAAGGAGCUAAAGCGACAGAGAGGGGAGGACACCUGGAUACUUCCUGAAGUCAACCAGAGGCUGGAGCAGUUAGGAGAAGAUGGAUCCGUGAAGAGCAAAAAGAAGAAGGAGAAGAAAUCAAAGAAGAAAAAAGAAAAGAAGAAAGAAAAGAAAGAUAAGAAGAGAACAGAAGCAGGAGAUGCCUCCAGUGGCGGUUCAGAGGACUCAGCAGAGGAAUGGGUUGAGGCUCAGCCUUCAAAGCAGCUCCCAAAAGCAUGGCAAACAUCAGGAGAACCCACGUCUUCAGACACCAGCGGAACCACUCAACCUAAUGUCCAGAGAGAUGAAUGGAUGACUUUUGACUUUCUGGCUAUGAAAACCAUUUCAACGUCUGAGCGGCGAGCUGAGAAAGAGCGGCAGAAAGGGGAGGAGAGGGCCAGAGCUCAAGCUGUGGAACAGGCUAGUUUGGAGAAACUAGAGCUGAAUCCAUACUGGAAAGACGGAGGAAGCGGUUUGCCCCCAGAGGAGAAUGCUGGUAGUGCUAGUAAAAAAGCUCCAGUGGUGAAUGAUGGAGGUCUGAGCUGGUUGAAGAACAGCUACCGGAGGAUGAAGGAGCAAGCGGAGCGGGAGCAGCGCAGCCUCGACAGUGUGGUGGCGGAAAGAUACGGGUCAAUGGAGGAAUUUCAAAAGAGGCUUGCUGAAGCUGAGGAGGCUGUGUUCGGUCCACGGAGAGACGACCGUUCAGCCAGAGACAGGAGAUCUACGGGAGAGGAAGAGGACAGGAGACGUUGGAAAAGACACGAAGACACAAAAGAGAGAAGAAGUGACAGAGACUCAUCACCCCGACGCCGAGGCAAAUACCCCGAGGGUUCAGGAGAGAAGAGGGAGAGACGUCGAGGGAGAGAGGAUGGAGACGCUUUCAGAGACAGAGAGAGAAAUGAAGAUGAAGAGAGGGAUAGAAGGAGAGAACGAGUAAGAGAUGACGGAGGAGACAGAGGGAGUGAUCGGUACAGAGUAGAGGACAGGGACAAGCAAAGUCACAGUUGGAGCAAACAUGCAGUUUCUUUGAAAGGACGUUUCCUCAAACCUUCAGAAGAUGAUGACUGCGCUGCAGCACCACAGAGACCUAAACCAGCAGAGUUCCUGAAACCCAGCUCUGAUGACGAAGACUCUGGCAGCAGGAAGAGUGGAGCUCCAGCCUGGAAGAAGGGAAGCUCUUUGGCCUGUGAUCCCAACAGCCAAAAACAAGCAGGACAGGAAAACCUGGCGUUGAAGACUGUAACCGCUCCUCAGACAUCUGAACCAACAAGGACUGAGGAGGAAAGUGAAGAAGAAGAAGAAGAAGAAGAAGAAGAGAUCCCUUUGCUUUCAGAGGAGGAGAUGAACAAACUGGGCUCCAAACUCAUAAAAGCAGAGAUGAUGGGCAACACUGCCAUGAUUGAAAAGCUGAAAUCCCAGCUGGAGGCGGCGCGUAAAGCCAAGGAGAAUCACACAGCCAGAAAGAAACAACAGGAAACGGCCACAUCUAACCAGGCCACCGUUCGCUCCAGUGAAGACCAGGAAGUCCUUCUUUACAGAACAGAUCAGUCUGGUCGGGCCUGGCCAGUCAAAGGCCCGUCUGGACCUGUGGAACCCCAUGGAGGGCGGCGGAAAAAGAAAGCGAUUGAGACUCAUGCCGGUGGGGAGCGAGUCCGCUACUUCCAAGACGACGACAGAGUGGAUCUUCAGGAGAUGGUCCGCAGGGAGAAGAUGAGCUCUGCUAUGGACCAGAACGCCCUCUACUCACGUAUGGCGUCCAAGAUGAUGGGCAAGACGGACGGGGACAACUACACCCUGGACGACAUGUUUGUGUCGAGUGCGGCGCAGAGAGAGGGUGAAGGAAGAGAAGAAGAGAGGAUGAAGAAUAGAGCCAUCGGGGAGAGUAGGAGGCUGGCUGCUUCCAUGGAGAAAUGCCAGUUCUGCUUCAGCAGCCAGGAGCUCCAGAAGCAUCUGAUUGUCGCCAUAGGCUGCAAGGUGUACCUGAGCCUGCCUGCAGGAGUGUCCAUGACGGAGGGACACUGCCUCAUCUGCCCCCUUCAGCAUCACAGCUGUGGAACCGCGCUUGAUGAGGACGUGUGGUCAGAGAUGCAGCUGUUUCGGCGGGCUUUGGUUCGAAUGUUUGAGGAUCAAGAGUUGGACUGUGUGUUCAUGGAGACGCACAUGAACCCUCGCAGGAAACUGCACAUGGUCCUGGAGUGCAUCCCUCUGCCCAGAGAACUGGGCGACAUGGCGCCGAUAUACUUCAAGAAAGCGAUCAUGGAGUGUGACGAGGAAUGGGCUAUGAACAAGAAGAUUGUUGACCUCUCUUCUAGAGACGUUCGACAAGCCGUUCCUCGAGGUUUGCCGUACUUUGCUGUGGACUUUGGUCUUCAAGGAGGGUUUGCUCAUGUUAUUGAGAACGAGCAGAAGUUUCCUCAUUACUUUGGGAAGGAAAUAGUCGGUGGCAUGAUGGACCUGGAGCCGCGCCGCUGGAGGAAACCCAUCAGAGAAAAUUUUGAUGAUCAGAGGAAAAAAGUCCUGCAGUUUGCAGCGUGGUGGAAACCCUUUGACUGCACCAAAACUGAGGGUUAACCAAACCUUCUGUCAGACCUGAGGGGAUCUCUGCUGAACUGAAGGGACUAAAACACAAGCCAGGAGUAUGUUUUAGAGACUCUCAUGUAAAUACAUGUCUGGAUUUGAUGUACAAAAAAAUGUGUUUUCUUUAAAAAAUGUGAACAUUUUGAAGAGAGGGGAAUAAAUUAAACGUCACUGAU